ACAAAAAUGGCUUCCAUCUUCACACCCCGGUGCCCUUCCCAGACAUUUUAUUUUUGGCCCAAGACCGCUAAACUCACAUCCGGUUGCUCCAAAAUUCUACGCAUGGCAGCGCGAAUGGAGUCCUCAUCCGUAGCCACCAAUGCAGCGGCGGAUUCUACCACCGACCACGAGGAUUCGGAGAGCUCCGUCGUAGAGACGGUAGUACAGUACGUGGUGCUGCGACGGGACCUAAUCGACACAUGGCCCCUGGGGAGCGUGGUGACGCAGGGAUGCCAUGCCUCUGUUGCCGCAAUAUGGUCCAACAAGGAUGAUGCUCAUACCCUCCUCUACUGUUCACCCUCCAAUCUGGAUUCUAUGCAUAAGGUUACUCUUGAAGUUAAGGGCGAAGCCCAGAUAUUGAACUUAUCAGAGAAGCUAAAAACUGCCGGCAUAGCUCAUAAGCUGUGGAUUGAACAACCUGAGAACUUUCCCACAUGUCUUGCCACGAAACCUUAUCCUAAAUCCUUCGUGUCGUCAUAUUUCAAAAAGCUUAAACUCUGUAAGUGAUAAAAAGUUCAGGGGCCAAUUAUGUAUUCUAUAAUUAAAUUUUGUGGCAUGUUCGGUUCCUCUAGAGGAGAUUUCAUUGACAUAUAAUCAUUGCUCUGACUACGUGCACUUGUUUCAUAGAGGAGUAUAAGCUCAGUUUGGUCAGAAAAUAUGUCAAAAACCGUCCAAAACAGACUGCUGGUUUUGUGCUCGCAUUGUAAGGAAUGCGAAGUAUUGGAUAAUGUCCCAAAUUCUAGUAUGGUUUUGAGCAGUCUCAGGUCAUCGAGUUGAAUAA